GUUUCUACCCUAGGAUUUGGCCGGGCUUCCCAGGGAGCAGCCCUGGGUCUCCCCUUCAUCCCGCCCUUCCCUCCAGACUUGAAGAUUCAACAGUACAACUCUGCCUCUCAUCCUAGAAAGCCAGCGGCAUCUGCAAAGUGCCUUUUGAAGAGUUUCUUAAGGACUCGGCCCUUGCCAGGCUGGCACUGUGCCACUGAGCAAUACAGCUGGCCCCAGUGUUCUUUCUUGUGGAUGCAUCAGAGCCAACAUGAAUCCUGAGGAAGAAAAAGUAAAAAUAAUUACAGAGGAGUCCACUGAAGAUGACCAAGAGGCAGAUGUGGGAAGGCGGAGGAAGAGCUCAAAGGUUCAAAGACAGCGAAGAAAGAGACAGCCACCAACAGCUGACCCCAAGGAAAUGGUGUCUGAAAAAGCUCACGUUGGCUCCCAGCAGGAGCUGGGGCAGGAAGAGCCGGAGACGCACCUCCUGAGCAUGCCGGCCCGGCGGGGUCCUCGCAGCUUACCUCCAAUUCCUUCGAUGUCCAGAACGGGCUUUGCAGAGUUUUCCAUGAGGGAGCGCCUGCGGGAGAAGCUGCAGGCUGCCAGGUCCAAGGCUGAGAGCGUACUGCUGCAGGAAAUUCCCACCCCGAGACCCAGGCGCCUGCGAAGUCCCGGCGAGAAAGUAUCGGAGACUGGACUGGGCACGGAGCCGAGUGAAGAGGUACAGGCAGCUCACCACAGAGACGAUUCCACAAGUUAUUCGAGAAUAAAGUUUCGUGAUGCGGUACAAAAAAUCAAGUCUAAACCCCAGGCGCCCCCUGGCUUCCCUUCUGCAGAAGAGGCCUGUAACUUCUUCACCUUCAACUUUGACCCCGAGCCAGAGCAACCUGCGCUAAAAGCAAAAGGAAAAGACAGAGAUGGAGCCAAGCAGGAGGAGGAGGAGGGGGAGGAAGAAUCCCCGGCAGGAGGCGUGAGCAGAACGGAUGACGAAGAGCUGCUCGGUGACCGUGACACCAAGGACUUCCUGCUGGGCCUGGAUCCUGCGGCUGAGGACUUUGUGGCCAUCCGUCCUGCAGAAUAUGAAGGCGUCCACACCCGGCUGGAAAAGGAAAAGGAAAUCCUCUUCGUCCCCAGUAGGCGAGCAGUGCCCACCUACAAGAAGCUUCCCGAGAACGUGCAGCCCCGGUUCCUGGAAGACGAGGGCCUGUACACGGGGGCAAGGCCAGAGAUGUCACGCACCAACCAGAACAUCAUGGAGAACCGGCUGCUGCAGCAGGAUCCCGGUCGAAAAUGGUUUGGCGAUGAUGGCAGAAUCCUGGCCCUGCCGAGUCCCAUCAAGCCCUUUCCCUCCCGGCCCCCGCCAUUGGCCCAGGAGCUGAGUGACAAGGCAGGACUGGAGACGCUGUACAAAAAGGCCGUGAAGUACGCUCACCGCACUCAGCACACGAUCGGAUCAGGAGACCCUCUGGGAAACUUCCAACUGGACAUUGACGUAUCGGGCUUAAUCUUCACUCAUCACCCCUGUUUCAGCCGAGAGCACGUGUUAGCAGCCAGGCUGGCCCAGUUAUAUGACCAGUACCUUGCCAGACACCAGAGGAACAAGGCGAAGUUUCUCACAGAUAAGCUCCAAGCUCUAAGAAACGCGGUUCGCAGUGGUCUUCAUCCUGAGAAGCCUCACCAGUCUCUUGACGCGACGCAAAGGACCAUCAAUGAAUAUAAAUCUGAAAUUCGGGAAACAAGAAAACUGCGUGACGCUGAGCAAGAAAAAGAUCGAACUCUGCUCAGGACCAUCAUCAAAGUGUGGAAAGAGAUGAAAGCCCUUCGAGAGUUCCAGAGGUUUACGAAUACGCCCUUGAAACUUGUUCUGAGAAAGGAAAAGGUUAACCAGAAAGCCGAGGAAGAAGCGUAUGAAGCAGAGAUUCAAGCCGAAGUAAGUGAGUUGAUGGAAGAGCACACGGAAGAGUAUGAGCAGAAGAUGGAGGAGUACAGAGCAUCUUACCAGCAGUGGAAAGUCUGGAGAAGAGCCCAAAAGGCCAAGAAGAAGAAAAAGAAGCAAGUGGAAGAGUGUCCCGAGGGAGAGACUGAAGACGAGCUCUCUCCUGGGGAGGAGCCCACGAAGCCAGCCCUCCCGGAGCCCCCGGACCGGGCAGCCCUGGAGCAGCAGGCGCGGGAGAGAGCGGCCCACAUCAGGAGGCGGCCGGGAGAGCCCGCACUACUUCCAGAGCUGAGCUUGGCGGGGAGCGUGACACCCAGUGACCAGUGUCCCAGGGCAGAGGUCUUGCGGAGGGAAGAUGUGAAGCGGCGCAUGGUGUAUUUAAAGAUUCUCUUCAACAGCAAGGAAGUGUCCAGGACAGUCAAUCGGCAGCUAGGGGCGGACUUCCGUGUUCAUUUUGGACAGAUCUUCAAUUUGCAAAUAUUCAACUGGCCGGAGAGUUUACUGCUUCAGGUCUAUGAAACUGUUGGCCACACCAGCACAGUGUUGCUGGCUGAAGUGUUCCUGCCUGUCCCUGAGACCACCGUGGUCACCGGAAGGGCUCCCAUGGAGGAGGUGGAGUUCAGCAGUAGCCAGCAUGUGACCCUGGACCAUGAGGGGGUCGGAAGUGGUGUGCCCUUCUCCUUUGAAGCUGAUGGCAGUAACCAACUGACUCUCAUGACCUCAGGGAGAGUGUCCCACAGUGUGGCAUGGGCUGUGGGAGACAACGGGACCCCACUGAUUCCUCCACUGUCACAGCAGAACAUUGGAUUUCGGAGUGCUCUGAAGAGGGCAGAUGCCAUCUCAUCGAUUGGCACGUCAGGACUGACGGACAUGAAGAAGCUGGCCAAGUGGGCGGCUGAGUCUAAGCUGGACCCCAACGACCCCAACAAUGCCCCACUGAUGCAGCUGAUCUCGGUUGCUACCAGUGGAGAAUCCUAUGUCCCUGAUUUCUUUCGACUGGAACAGCUGCAACAGGAAUUUAACUUUGUCACUAAUGAGGAGUUAAAUAGAUCCAAACGGUUCAGGCUUCUUUGUCUUAGAAGCCAAGAGGUGCCGGAAUUCCGAAACUAUAAACAAAUUCCGGCGUAUGACCGAGAAAUUAUGGAAAAAGUAUUCCAGGACUAUGAGAAGCGGCUACGAGACAAAAGUGUAAUUGAAACCAGAGAUCACAUAGACACCCACCGGGCUGUUGUGGCCAAGUACCUCCAGCAGGUUAGAGAAUCCGUAGUAAAUCGUUUUCUAACUGCAAAACAUCAUAUUCUUCUCACUGAUCUGGUUGUAGAAGAUGAAGUUCCCAACAUCAGCAUUUGGGGCCUAAGCCUUUUCAAGCUGGCAGAACAAAAGCGACCACUGAGACCAAGGCGCAAAGGCCGGAAGAAGGUGACAGCCCAGAACCUGUCUGACGGAGACAUAAAGCUGCUGGUGAAUAUCUGCCGGGCUUAUGACAUUCCAGUGAGGAAGCCCACUGCCAGCAAAGCCCAGCAGCCGUCUAGGUCCUCCCGGACCCUGAGUGAGAAGCGCGCUGCUUCCCCGAGCGCACACAGCCCCGACAACGCCCUGGGCCAGGUUCUAGUACGGCCUUUUGUAGAAGUCUCUUUUCAACGAACGGUGUGCCGCACAGCCACGGCCGAAGGACCAAAUCCCAGCUGGAAUGAAGAACUUGAGUUUCCCUUCAGGGCCCCUAAUGGGGAUUACAGCACCGCCAGCUUACAGUCGGUGAAAGAUGAGGUGUUCAUUAACGUUUUUGACGAGGUGCUACAUGAUAUCUUGGAGGACGAUCGGGAAAGAGGGAGUGGAAUCCACACCCGGAUUGAGAGACACUGGUUAGGAUGUGUGAAGAUUCCAUUUAGCACCAUAUAUUCCCAGGCGAGGAUUGAUGGAACAUUUAAAAUAGACAUUCCCCCAGUUCUCCUGGGCUACUGUAAGGAGCGAAGCGUGACUGCUGAGCGAGGCCUUGAUUCCGUCCGAAGCUUAAGCGAAGGCUCCUAUCUCACGCUGUUCAUUACCAUCGAGCCGCAGCUGGUGCCAGGACAGCCCGUUCGGGAGAAGUUUGAUUCUCAGGAAGAUGAAAAAUUGCUUCAAGCUACAGAGAAGUUUCAAGCUGAGUGUGCCUUAAAGUUCCCAAAUCGGCAGUGCUUUACGACAGUAAUUGACCUAAGUGGGAAAACAGUCUUCAUUACACGUUAUCUUAAACCUUUAAACCCUCCUGAGGAGCUCCUGAAUGCCUACCCCAGUAACCCACAGGCCAUUGCGGAACUGGCAGCGCGGUACGUUUCCUUGAUCCCUUUCUUGCCCGACACAGCCUCAUUCACCGGCGUCUGUGACCUCUGGAGCACGUCUGAUCAAUUUCUUGAUCUCCUGGCUGGAGAUGAAGAGGAACACGCAGUGCUGCUGUGUAAUUACUUCCUGUUCCUGGGGAAGAAGGCCUGGCUGGUGAUGGGCAACGCGAUUCCUGAGGGGCCAACUGUCUAUGUGCUAACUUGGGAACAAAAUCACUACUUCAUAUGGAAUCCCUGCAGUGGACAUUUUUAUGGGCAGUUUGAUACAUUCUGCCCCUUGAAAAGCGUGAGCUGUCUGAUUGGUCCUGAUAAUAUUUGGUUUAAUAUUCAACAGUAUGAUUCUCCACUAAGGAUAAAUUUUGAUGUCACCAAGCCCAAGCUAUGGAAAUCAUUUUUCUCAAGAAGCCUUCCAUAUCCAGGCCUGUCCAGUGUUCAGCCUGAAGAACUAAUUUACCAACGCACAGAUAAAGCAGCUGCAGCUGAGCUACAAGACAGAAUUGAAAAAAUGCUAAAAGAAAAAAUCAUGGACUGGAGACCACGCCAUCUGACCCGGUGGAACAGGCACUGUACCUCUACUCUGCGCCACUUCCUGCCUCUGCUCGAAAGAAGCCACGGAGAAGAUGUGGAAGAUGACCACAGAGCAGAGCUGCAGAGACAGCUCGGAGACUACCGCUUCUCUGGAUUUCCCCUUCAUCUGUCCUACUCUGAAGUGAAGCCUUUAAUUGAAGCUGUGUACAGCACGGGAGUACACAACAUCGACGUGCCUAACGCUGAAUUUGCUCUAGCUGUAUAUAUCCACCCAUACCCUAAAAAUGUUUUGUCUGUCUGGAUCUAUGUGGCUUCCCUCAUACGCAAUAGGUAAUUUUUUUCACUGUGCUUUUUGUAUCAUGUAAAACUAUAAUUAGCAUCUGAGAAUUUUUUAAAUUAUAAUGA